GAAUUUGGAAACUUGUGGUCGGAAGUUCCUAGCAUCUGAAGUGGAACAUCUAGAUACUGGAGGGCGUAUUUCAGUUAAAAUGAUCAGCAAAAUUAUCGGACAGAAGUAUGUGGCCAUUGCCAAAUCAUGGAUCCCUACCCUGGCUGUAUGGGGCACAGUCGGAGGCGUAGCUCUCGUCCACUUCACAGACUGGAGGUUGUUUUUGGAUAAUGUCCCCUACAUCAGCGGCAAAUUCAAGAAGGACGAGUAGACAAGAUUCAGGUUGGAAAUGUUUUUUAAGACAAAGACUUGAAUAUUGACUGAGAGCUGCAGCAGCCGGCUCUGUGCUCUCUGCUCCAACUUCAUCCCAGGCCAAUGGAGGCUGUCUCCUUCAUCCUGCAGCUCAACCAACAUUCAACUGUUUAGUAUCAGCCUCCUGUUAACCCAGCUGGUUAUGGCAUCUCAGUUUCUUUCAACCAGUGAGAACCAAGAGGAAGGAAGAUGAAAACAGAGAUGAAAACUGACUUUUGUUUUCUUAUCCUUCUUAGUUUGUGUUCAGAUGUAUUUAUUUAAUCAUCAGUGAACUUUGAGUUAAAACAGUUUUACUCAUGUAAAACUCUGCCUUUCAUGUUGUGCUGUAAUUCUUUUACAGAGGGAAGUAAAGUAUGUAAAAUUAUCCAA